CCAGCUUCGGACACAGAACAUUUCUCCUCGAGAAAGGCAGCAAGCAGCGGCUGAUCUACAGAAAGCUAGACUUUAGCUUUGACCCAGAAGCAAGAAAAGAAGAAGAAGAAGAAGAAGAAAAAAAACCCCAACGAGAUCGACUUGAUCGUAGAAAACCUUUUUGAGACUCUUGCUUGAAAGAGAUUUAAGGAAGCCCGUUCAGCAAUUCACAGCCACUGCAAUGAAAAUGUCUGCUGGAAUGAACAACCUGCAGUUUACUUCUUUCCUGUGCCUCGCACUGUUUUACUGGGUUUCUGCACAGGAGUGCAGCGGGCAGUGCAGGUGCCCCGAGGCGCCCCCCCAGUGCCCCGCCGGGGUGAGCCUGGUGACCGACAGCUGCGGCUGCUGCCGAGUGUGCGCCAAACAGCUGGGAGACCUCUGCACCGAGCACGACGUCUGCGACCCUCACAAGGCGCUCUUCUGCGACUUCGGCUCCCCGGUCAAUCGCAAGAUUGGAGUGUGCACCGCUAAAGAGGGCUCCCCCUGCGUGUUCGGCGGAAUGGUGUACCGGAGCGGCGAGAGCUUCCAGAGCAGCUGUAAAUAUCAGUGCACCUGCCUGGACGGGGCGGUGGGCUGCGUGCCCCUGUGCAGCAUGGACAUCCGCCUGCCCAGCCCCGACUGCCCCGCGCCGCGCAGGGUGAAGGUGCCCGGGAAGUGCUGCGAGGAGUGGGUGUGCGACGCGCCGCGGCGCCAGACCAUGGUCGGACCUGCCCUGGCCGCUUACAGGGAGGAAGACACCUACGGUCCCGACCCCUCACUGAUGCGCCAGAACUGCUUGGUCCAGACCACUGAAUGGAGCGCCUGCUCCAAGACCUGCGGCCUGGGCAUCUCCACCAGGGUCACCAACGACAACCGGGAGUGCCGGCUGGAGAAGCAGUCCAGGCUGUGUAUGGUCAGGCCGUGCGAGUCUGACCUGGAGCAGAGCAUCAAGAAAGGGAAGAAGUGCAUCCGCACCCCGCGGGUCUCCAAGCCCAUGAAGUUCGAGCUGUCCGGCUGCACCACCACCAAGACCUACAGGCCCAAGUUCUGCGGCGUGUGCACCGACGGGCGCUGCUGCACCCCGCACCGGACCAGCACCCUGCCCAUGGAGUUCAAGUGCCCCGACGGCCAGGUGAUGAAGAAGCAGAUGAUGUUCAUCAAGACCUGCGCCUGCCACUACAACUGCCCCGGGGAGAACGACAUCUUCCAGUCCGUCUACUACAAGAGGAUGCUGGGAGACAUGGCGUGAAAGCCCCCCCCCCCGCCGUGACUGUCGACUUGAAUCACACAGAUAUCCAUCUCAGCUGUAGCACACCAUAUUUCGCAUUCUUUCCUCUCAUAAUGAAGAAACGAAACUAUAUAUAUUUCUGUACUUGCGUGUAUAUUGACGUGUGUCUAAGGCUACUUGCCUACUAGACUGUUAGCCCUAAUGAGGGCAUGGAAAGACAGGAGGCGAAUAUGGCAGCCUCGGUAGAAUACUGCACUAUAGUCUUAUUAAAUGGCAACCCUGCCGUUGACACUUAUAUAUAUAUAUAAAGGCAGAUGCCAUUUCUCAUCCCUGUCAACCGUGGUGGGUAUCCCACUGACCUAGCAGUUUUCAAACUCAUAGCACUUAUGGUAGGCAGAUCGAAGGCUCUGAAAGGAAACGUGCUCCUUUACCCACCUGGGUGCUACAUGAAUGUGCUCUUGUGAUUAUUUACUGUUCCAGAACUGCGUCAGUGCAGGUGGCAGGUUCUGUUUUCAGCCCUCGCCGAAAACGGCCAACCAGCCAUCAAGACAAGGUGCUUGGUGAUUGUGCUGCAGUAGUUUAUACAGCACUGAGAGAAAAAAAAUAGUGAUUUUGACAUGCUGAUUCGGAUUACUGUAAGAGAAUUGGUUUUCAUGUCAAAAAAAGGACUGGAUGACGUGUUGUAGCUUCUUUCCUUUUAUUUUAUUAUUGCUGUAAAUAUUGUACAUACUUUGUACAGUUCUCUAAGUUAAUUUAACGAUGCAUUUUUUGUUUAUUGCUUUGAUACUUGUAUUAAUAGCUUAUUUGUUCAAGUGACUGUUCAUUUUUGACAGUCUGUGUACUGUUUGUUGAGGAGUGUGACCAAAAAGUUACAUGUUUUCACUUUUCUAGUUCAAAAUAAAGUAUUAUAUUUUUUAUAUAAA